AUGCCCUCCCAAGCUUCUCACUACGCGAUCCUGGGACUGGAGUCCGAUUGUGAGCUGCUGCAGGUGAAAAAGGCAUAUCGGGAAAGACUAUUGAGUACACAUCCGGAUAAAACCCGUUCUGGAAGCGGUACCAGCACCGGACCUCUUUCAAUUGAGGAAAUUAAAGAAGCUUACCGCAUUUUGAGUGACCCUAAGACGCGCUCACAAUACGACGCUUUACUGGCCGAGAGUUGCAAGAAAAGUGGCUUUAACAAUACAGGGGAGGGUUUGGAAUCGUUUUCGCUAGACAAGUUCGAUUACGAUUCUGGAACUUCGACGUUCAGUAUGAACUGUCCUCGCUGUCAUGUGACCGCUGGCUUUGAGCUCACAGAAGAUAUGCUAGACAAUCACGGUGCUGAGCUGCCGGACGGAAGCUACUUCGUCGUAGUACAGUGCAGUGCAUGUAGUCUGUGGUUAAACGUAACAUUUGAUAUUGUUGAUGAGUGA